AUGUCGACGUCGAAACUCCGAAGAAGUAUCGCUUCUCUGGAUGCAUUCGAUUGCACAAGCAUCGAGCCGGAGAGUAGGGAUGCCGCCGCCCUCGCCCUCGCGCUACGGAGCACCCUUGAACAAGCCAGAGCAGGGCAGAUGAGUUGGUCCGACAGAGAUGCGCUGCUGGGGUGGAUGCACAAGAACAGGAAAUCGAUGCCGACGCCCUGUGUAGGGCUCUGCGGGCGGCUGGAAAACCGACUCAGCUUUUCCUUUCUCCCGGGCCUAUCCUGGCCAGGACACCGACAAGAAGCGGUGCCAUCGACCGCAGUUUCUGCAGCCCCGGCGGCGGCGGCGGCGGCAGGGGCCGCGGGGCACGGCAGCGCCGACACCGUCGUCAUCCGGCGGCGCAACCUCGCCGGCCUGCCCCCGCCCGUGGGAAAAAACGCCUCGGAGGCGGCGGAGGCGGAGGCGGCGGCCACGGUGGACGUGAGCUCCCUCCAAGAGGCCGACGACAACUUCCUGCUUCAGCCCACCCCGCAGGGCUUGAAAAGCUACUGCAUCAUCCAGAGGACAAGGUCUACGAUUCGGACGUACUUCAGGCUAUUUCUCCAGGAGCAGCGGCCUCUGGCGGAGGAUGGCAGUGGCGGCGACGGCGGCGAUGACUCCGCCUCCCCGACGACGACGAGCGGCCCCGCGACUGGCGUUCCCGGCGGGCAUGGGGGUACCCCCCCCACCACCAGCAACUCUACAGGGCUUGACGGCGGAAGCGGAGGCGGCGCGUUCAGUGCUACAGGCGGUAGCGCAAGCGGGGGAGUUACGCACAGCGGCGGAGGAAUGGAAACCCUUAGGGCCUUCCUUGCAGUCGGUGGCGGCGGCGGCGGCGGCGGCGGAGGCGGCGGCGGGGCGGGGGGGGACGGGGCCGUGGGAGGGGCGCAAUUUCUCCUCUCGAGCAAGCGAUACAGGUCAACCAAGCCCCGGUCGGCGAGCUACGUGUGGAGUAGGAACGGAGUGUGGAAGGAUAAGCACGCCUUGGCCAAGGUGGCCACUCAGCCAUGGGGCGGCAAGGGCAAGGGCGAGGGUACAAUGACCUCCCCGUCCCUCGUCGGCGACCACCUGCGAGCUGCUACCGCCGCCGCGGCCGCCGCCGCUUCGCCCGGUCCCCGGGGGACGUGGGGUCGGACGGCAGCAAGGCUCAAAGCCCGGCGUUGUCUGGUUCGAGCGGCGGGGUCGGUGGGGGGGCGGCGGGGGGGGGGGGCAGAGGAGGCGCAAGUAGGGAGGGGAGCGGGUGUACGGAGGCCUGAAGGGGUCGGCGGCAGCCCGGCGUGCUGGGCGGUGGUGGUGAAUGUACAGGCUGAGGGAGAGGGAAAGCUUUUGUCCGUCGCGGCUAUCGUGCCGGACCCAAGCGCGUCGCUAUCGGCGCCGGGAAGUGCGAGCAGCGGCGGCGGCGGUGGCGGCGGUGAACAAAUGGUUGACUCGGGAUUAUUGGCGGAGGGAUUGAGGAAAUGGGAGAAAACCGGAGUCGUCCCGCCGGGGAUGAUCGUCCUAAGGUCCAAGCAGCCCAAGUGGUCCGCGUGGCAGGGUUGCCACACCCUCGACUUCGACAGAGGAGGGGAGAGGGUUCGAGAACCUUCUCGCAAGAACGUGAGCAUGAUUGCCGCGGACGCAAGUCCCGCCGCCGCCGCCGCCGCCGCGGGUGGCGGAGGGAAGCAGGGGAAGAGCGCGGCAUCAGUAGCAGGACGAGGCAACAGGGCGGGGGGCGGUACCAAUAGCGAAGCGCAGCAGACGGGGGGGGGCGACAAAGACCACACGGAUGGACACCACCAUCGACCAUCGAUAACGGCAGCGUCCAGGCCGACCCUGCAAGUGGGGAAGAUCUCCGAAGACCACUUUAGUCUAGACUUUUGCUGGCCGCUGUCUCCCCUGCAGGCCUUCGUAGCCGCCAUGAGCAUUUUUGACGGGUGA